CUGACCGAACAUGAAACAACCAACUGUCGAGAUCUUCACCAUCAUCUCCCCAGUACUUGUCCAAUUGAGCGGAAUGAUGAGGACGAAACGAAGCACGAGGCGAGUCAUCGCUAGAACCGAGACGGUGAGAAGAUCUAGAGGCAAGUGGACUUGAAGUAGCAUCAUCAACAUCGAGACGAUUCGGUCUUUACGAGGCAUCACGAAGGAUAGUUACUCAAACAAAAUGUAAACUAGCGGUUCUCCACCAAUUGUAGGGUGCGAAGCUCUCAAGACACGAGGAUCGAAGGCCAACGAACACACACUUGUAUUUGCAUUACAACAGACUUUAUAGUAGAUGUACUACCGGAAGUGGGAGGUGCUAAUUUCUCUACAGUUUGUCACACGAAUUGAGUCCUUGUCAGACGAGAAACUGUUGAAAGACGUUUCUUCCAGCAAGUACAAACUAAGUGAAUAGUAUUGGACAAUCUUUUGGUCAGGCAAUGGUGGGUAACAGUGGUUUGUCUAGUUUGUACGUCUCCAGAAGCGAUCACAUCAAGUUUUUGGCGAAACGCAUUGUCUAGGCAAUUGAAGACAGCAAUCUCCUUCAUUGCUAUUGAUGAAGCACAUCUGAUCGAAGAGUGGGGGUCUACAUUUAGACCUUCUUACAAGGAACUAAGUUUUAUUCGUUCUUGCCUGCCUACUGUCCCAAUUAUGGCUCUCUCAGCAACAGCUCCACUUUUCCUUAUUACUUCUGUAACCCAACGUCUGAAUAUGCCUGACUAUGUUCUAGUAUGUGGAUCUCUAAAUCGUCCAAACUUGUAUUUUUCUUUGGAUUCAUCCACCUCUACUUCGUCAGUCUUCCACUUGUUAGCUUCUAUGUUGUCCUCUGUAAGUAUUCUAAAGAUAUUCCAAAAACCCUUUUAUUUUGCAGAUCAAACUAUGUUUUGUAUAAAGUGUAUAUUCAUCUUGUGUACAGCUGCAGUAGUAUAACCAGGGGUACAGUAGGACAAUACCAAAUGCCACAAUGACACUUGAGGGGCGAUCUCAACACUAUGGAGAAUUCAAGUGUGGCAAGCAGCAAGUCAUGGUAGCUACUAGUGCGUUUGGCCUUGGUGUGGACAUUGAUGACAUCAGUGAAGUUAUUCUAUUCGGUUUGCCAGACAGUGGAUCUGAGCUUGUGCAACUUGCUGGACGUGGAGGGAGAGAUCCACUAAGGUUGUGCCUUGUUUGGUUUGUGGCACACUCUCAGGACCGUAGACUGUCAGUGUGCAACAACGAAAUUGUGACUCUUGCCUCAAAUAAGGUCUGUUUGAGAAGAGUUCUUGUUUACAAGAUUUUGCAGUCAGAGGAUCCAUUACCUGAUAGUGAUUUGUGCUGUUCCUUCUGCAAUGCAUCUGAUGAGCGACCUCAUAUUCUUCAGCCAGAGGUGGAUUGCACCUUACCACUUCCUCCUAUUCCAUGCAGAUCUGCACCGUUGAGAUCACGUCGUGUUGUUGCUGGUCAGAGAGCUGCUUUGAGGAAAGCACUACUUGAACUUAGAUGGACGCAGGUGGCACAAGAUACAGAAUGAGAGGACUAGAUGGGGUCUUAUCCGCGUUAGUGAUUGAUAAACUAGUAAAAAAUGUAAUAAGAUUAAUAAGAUGCGCGUGUGCGCACACACAUACACACACUCACACACACACACACACACACACAUACACACACUCACACACACACACACA